AUGAGCUAUCCUACCGCCCUCACAACCUCAAUCGAGAACUCUCGAUUGAGACUCCUCAACAAAAUCAAGGCCGGCGAGUUCCCCUUAAUGACCUUCAUGGCCAUUCCCUCCAUCCGUCAAGCCCAGAUUGUCGCUCUCACCGGAGUCGACGGAAUAAUCAUCGACUGCGAACACGGCCACAUCGGCGACGAUGCCAUGCACAACUCUGUCGCAGCCAUUUCAGCCCUGGGCGUCUCCCCCGUGAUCCGCAUUCGCGGCCCGGCCCACGAUAUCCUCAAGCGCGCCCUCGACACCGGUGCGCACGGCAUCAUGGUACCCCAGAUCAACAACGCCGAAGAGGCCGCACAGAUUGUCGCAUCCUCCAAGUUCCCUCCUCAGGGUGUCCGCGGCCAAGGCUCAGCAUUCCCUGCAAUUGGCCACGGUCUCACAACCCCCGAAUACAUGAAGUCCGCCAACCAGACCAUUAUCACUAUGAUUCAAAUUGAGACCCGUGCCGGUGUCGAGAAUGUCGAGGCCAUUUGCGCCGUGCCAGGUGUUGAUCUUGUCUUCAUUGGUCCUAAUGACCUUGCUCAGUCUCUCCUUGGAUACACACCUGCGCGUGGCGAUGAACCUGAGUUUGUUGCUGCUAUUGAUAAGAUCAUCGCUGCUGCUCGGAAGGCUGGCAAGUGGGCUGGUCGUAUGGUUAACAAUGGUACGGCUGCGAAGGAGGCUCGCGAGCGUUAUGAUACUGUUGCUAUUACUGGUGACACCAAGGCUAUCCAGAAUUGGUACAUGGCAGAGUUCGACAUUGCUCGGUCAUGA